AUUUUGCUGCAAAUUCACCUGUCUCUAAUACAACAUCCAUGUGUUUGUUUCAUGUUUCUGCUUUUUACAAAUCCAUCAACUUUUUUCUGUCAUGUUUUGCUUAUUGCUGGACCUUUGGACUGUCAUGGUAAUUAAAAAAAAAAUGUCUGAUUCUUUUUCUUUACUUUUUUAUUCACUAAUCUCAAGCUUCAGUGAAGAUCUGACACUUUUUACUAAAUAUGUGUGUGAGUGAGAUUGAAAAAUACCUUAGACAAGUUAAAUUAUGAGCUUUAAGGAGCAAAAUUUAGUGUCACAGUGUCAAAUAUCGUAUAUAUCUCACUCUCUUGUUUGUAACACAUUUGUUAGGCUCCUGUAAAGUCUUUGUCUGUAACUCAAACGCACCUCCAGAGUGGGUUUUAAUUACCUGCAGAUAUCUGUCUCAUAAACACCACCCAUUGCACCCGUUCAGAGAUGUUUAAUUAAAAGGAAAUGAUUAGGACCCCUUGACUGUUUCAUUUCCAUUAAUUGUCUCGUACAACAAUAUCAAGCACCCCCUGCGGAGAGCUGAUAACGCGCGCGGGGUGAAUGAUAACACAUCAGACAACGGCACCUAUUCACUCCUAUCGCGCGACAACCUCCGCCACGCGUGGAGUCCUGAGUGAAAACCGAUCUGUGGAAAAUUGGGGAGGAAAUAGCCUUCCCGGGAUCAGCGUGGCCGUAUAGAGUUACGGUGGAGGCCCCUCCCCCUGUCUGGCUCGCUCUUUUUUCUCAACCUCUUGGUUGGCUUUCCGAGAGGGCUCGAUCCUGCUCACGCUCAGACCGCUGAGAAAUAGCAGGCAGAAGAUGGCUGACUCGACCGGGCACGGUGAGCCCGCAACAGCAGCAGCAGUACCACCAGCAGCAGCAUCAACUUCACAAGGGCUUCUCGCGCGCCUGCCAUUCGCUGCCACUCCGCAACUCUGAAACGGCCCCGCCUCGCUCCGUGCCGUGCGCCCGCGGGGUUUUUACCCCCAAAUAUUGACAGAGAUUUAAAGAAAACAUGGCUGAGAUGGAGAAAGAGGGAAGACCUCCGGAAAACAAGAGGAGCAGAAAGCCAGCUCACCCUGUGAAGAGGGAAAUUAACGCAGAGAUGAAGGUCCCGUCCAAUCGGCCCCUCCCAGGGGCGGGGCAGGCAGGCAAUCUUCAUGGCAACUCGCCCUACUUGAUGAGUUUUGCUGAAAACACCAUGAAUGAGUUGCUUGGAUGGUACGGAUAUGACAAAGUGGAGUUACGAGACUCAGAUGACAUAGAGAUCCGCAACUACCCUGAUGGAGAAAUGCGGCAACACAUCUCUGUCCUGAAAGAGAACUCUUUGCCAAAAGCAUCCACAGUGGAGAACAGCAGUGGUUCUCCUCCACACGCCAACAGCUCUAGCUCUACUCCGACAUCACGGAAUGGAGUGACAAGCGAAGCGUCUGUAAACCCCUCCUCCUCUAAAGAGCAUGGAGGCCUGCCAAUCAUAGUGCCCUUAAUCCCGCCCCCUCUGAUCAAAGCACCAGCAGAGGAGGACACCUCUAAUGUUCAGAUAAUGUGUGCGUGGUGUCAGAAGGUGGGAGUGAAGCGUUAUUCUCUCAGUAUGGGCUCUGAACUGAAGAGUUUCUGUAGUGAGAAAUGCUUUGCUGCCUGUCGACGUGCCUACUUCAAACGCAACAAGCUUGGAUAUGUGAGGAAUUGCAGUGCCAGAGAGGAGGAGGGCGUUCCGCACCACAGCUUGUCCAAAGACACGCCCAGACUUGUCCUCAAGACAAACAGCGAUGUGCUUGUCUGCGAUUGGUGCAAACACAUCCGCCACACUAAGGAAUACCUGGAUUUUGGAGCGGGUGAGAGGAGGCUCCAAUUCUGCAGUGCAAAGUGUCUGAACCAAUAUAAGAUGGACAUAUUCUAUAAAGAGACUCAGGCCGCACUGCCAGGGGGUCUGUGUAACCCCCCUCACCCCACGAGUGAUACGAAAUCAGAGAGUGGAACAGGUGUACAGCUCCUUACACCUGAGUCCUGGAGUGCACCUCUAAACGAGCUCCGCAGUCGUAAGAUACCUUCACCAGGGGGUGCCACCACUGUAGCCGGACCUUCUGGAUCUACAUCGGGGUCACCAUCUGAAGCCGGAACUGUGUGUUCCUCCUCGUCCUCCUCGUCCUCGUCAUCAUCAUCUACGAAAAUCCCCACACCACGGCCACACGAAAGCCCUGCGUUACCGCCACCUCCUCCACCACCUAUAGCAGGUUUACAUCCAGCUCUGGGUGUGCCGCCUGGUAGCCCGCCGAUGGUCAUGACACCCCGUGGCCCGGUCCCUCUCCCUUUCUUUAUGGAGCACCAGAUGAUGCAGCAGAUUCGUCCUCCGUUCCUACGUCCCCCAGGCCCCAACAGCCCUCAUUCCAAUCCCAUGAUUCCUGGCAUUGGGCCGCCACUACCUCCUCGGACUUUGGGCCCUCCAUCAAGCCCCAUGCACCGCCCACUCCUUUCCCCCCACAUACACCCGUCCUCCACCCCAACCCUUCCUGGGAACCCUCCAGGUAUGAUGCCCCCUCACCCCGGCAGUCACAUGCCAGCCUUGCCUUUCCCCCCAGUUAACAUGAUGCCAGCUGGACACAUCCCAAUUCCGCCCCUUAUGAAUAUUGGCAUGCCUUCCCUGGCCCCCCUAGUGCCACCACCAACAUUAUUAGUGCCCUAUCCAGUGAUUGUGCCAUUACCAGUCCCCAUACCCAUUCCGGUGCCCAUACCGUUCAGUCCGCAGGCAUCAGGUGACCGACCGGGAAAUGACGGAAUGCUUCCGAAUGCUGCGAGCGAGCGGAGCGAUUCGAAAGCACCGCCGUCAUUUUCUCCCGGCUCCUCCAGAGGGGAAGAGAGGGACUUUAACCAAGACCCUCCCACCUCAGAUACACUCUCGCCAAGAUUUUCCAAACAGAUGGACCAGGGCAGGACAAACAUGGCAGAUCUGUUGGUUAAAACAGAAAACUCUGGUAACAAAAGCUCUGGACACUCCCAUAAAGACACACCAGCAGAUGGAGUCAUUGAUCUAACAACCAGUCGCCGUUCCCGGCAACAGCUAGUGAUCCAGCGGGCUGUAUCCUGUGUGCAGGUAAAAGCAGAGCCCGGUUUAAGCCCACCACCUGCACUUUUAAGUGAAACUGAGGUGGAUGGGUCAGCUGGUACAAGCAUAGGUACGAUAGAAGAUAACAACAGAGACAGAAAUGCUGAAAGCCCACUGGCUAGUGUGGCUCUGCCUUGCGCUGACCCAUCCUACUGCAGCGGCACGCCGCCACUUUCUCAGCCAAUCACGUGCAGCGCCUCCACUGUUUCUAGCAACACCACCACAGCUAAAACUGAGCCUGGCUCUGCUACUCCCUGCAAUGUGAUCGUUAACGGGAGCUGUAAUGUGCCUCUAGCAGAGAGUUCGAUCAGAACGCCUCCGUUAGAGCAGCGCCCUCUGAUGGACCCCUGCCGCAGGACUGCUGCUGUGUGCGACGAGCCUGCGGGGGCAGAUCUAGAAGGAGAGGACCUAAAAGAGAACAGCUGCUUGGCCACAGAAAGAGACUUGGCAGGUAAGAGAAGCUCAAAUGACCAGUCUGCCAUUACCGCUGGAACAGGGGAGGACAAACCUCAGAGCCCUGAAGACGCCCCAUCUGGUGAGGACCAUGCUUACGCCCUGCCCCUAAUGCCCAAACCUGGCUGUGUCAUUCAGCCCGUGCCCAAACCUGCUGACAAAACUGCUGCCAUCUUGCCCUGUGGCAUGACAGCCCCAUUAACGGGAACCGUUCCAAUGGAAAUGGAGCCUCCGCUGAAGAGAAGGUGUCUGCGUAUCCGCAAUCAGAACAAGUGAAGUAGAGGACAGAUAUUAACAUCUCACCAAAGGGAUAAAGAGGACUGCACUACAGCAGAGACCAUCAGCUGUCCACAGUCCAGCCAAUCAAGAUGUCAGCCUUGUUUUCUCAACCUUUCCAAACCCGCACAUACACGUUCUGACUUAAUAUGCACACAGAUCAUCCGGAUUGGGCAGAAGUCAGCUCCAUCUCCACCCCUUUCGGCUAAACAAAGACUGACACAAAGCGUUAAUCUGAAAAGUAGAUCGGCUGUGAUGUUUGACCUCACUUGCGAUGUCUUCAGGCAUAGUCUGUUCUCAGUCUACUUGUUGAUGAAAGAGAUAUUUCCUAUCCUCUUCACUCGACCCCUCCAUCUAUGUCUUGUUGUUGAGAGGACUUUCCCCCUACUGGUUGGAGGCGGUAUCGCAGCGCAAGUCUAUGGUGUACAUAUACAGAUUUCCAAGAAGGCGGAGCUUAAUCCAAACACAAUAGGUCUAACAGGCUGCCAAUCAAACAUGCUCAUGAAUAACUGAAAUUGGAACAGGGCCAGUCAAAUCCUGCCAUAGACGGAUGGACCAGUUUUCUGCUUUGUUCAUUCAAAGAAGCUCGGUUUAAUCUGUCACAUUUGUGGUCUGAUGCUAGCGAUUCAAUAGCUUCAGUUAGAAAGACUAAUACAGAUGCAGAGCCGCUUUAAAAGAUGGACAGAAAUCUCUCUCCACUCAAAUCUUUCUCUUGCUCUUCCCCUCACUUCCUCUGACUAUGUGUAUCAGUAUCUGCAACACCAGCAAAACACUCUGUAGUCUUUCUUAACCUCUUUCCUUUCUCUCCUUUCUGAGGGAGAGGUGUUCCGGAACUGGACACCAAAAAAAGACAGGAAGAGAGAAAUGUACACAACCUGGAGGGAGUACAAAAAUCACAGUGGGAGCACAAAAACAGAAGGAUGGAGUGAACUUUCAUUUCAUCCCUGGGAAGAUGCUGGAAACUCAUCCACCAUUGGAGAAGAAAACUCGAAGAUAAGUAGUCUGCACUACUGGAGAAAAGUGUUGGUGGAUUGUUUGCUGGUUUAUUGUGCAAUGAAAAUUCAUUUACUCACCGAUUUGACUUGAGGAUUACAGGGUACAGACCUCACCAAGCAUUUUGGCGAACUAUUAAAGUGGCUGCUAGCUUUGCGGCCAUUGGCUUGGAGACUGUCCCACCCAGUCUGUUCAAUCACACACGCUCUUCAUGGCUCAACCAAGAGUCUGUCUAACACUGCUAGUGGGUUGUGUACACACUGUCCUGAUGUAUCAGAUGGCUGGAUUGAAAUCAGUGUCCACAGGGGCAUUUGGGUUGGAUUUCUCAUUAUUUAUAUCAUUAUCCAUCUUAUUGCGGUGCUCUUAUUUAAGAAAAAUCCCUCCUGGGUUUCCUAUCAGAGUACAAUCAAAACCAGUGGAGAGGUCAGUAAGUGUUUCGGCCAACAGUGUGAGCUGGUGUCAAGGGUGCAUUCCUGAGGUUCAUUCGUGUUUUUAUGCUUUAUUUUUUGCCAAAUCCCAAUCAGUGCUAAAUUAUGUUCAUCACUUCCUUUCCAGCUACAGUUUCAGGAACAGUUGCAGUUAGUUCCAAGGUGCCUCAGAGUAGAGUUCACUUACACCAGAUGCCAAGAACAUUUUGAGUUGGCUAGGUGGACAUAGAGCCAAAAUGAUUUCAGUUACAUAGAGUACUGUAAGAUCUGAAUGCAGGGUUAAGCACCUGAGUGCACAGGUUAUUUGUUUUGACAAAAGUGGAGGAGUGAACCUUAAAGCCAAGCGUGUGUGUGUGUGUGUGUGUGUGUGUGUGUGUGUGUGUGUGUGUGUGUGAGAAGGUUUAUCAAAUUUCUGGCCAAAACAGAGUUCAGUUUGACAAAACAUUGAAGUUUGCCAAUUUAUUUUGGGAGAAGUUCUAAAAUUCAAGUCAAAAAUUUGUCCUGCAAGGUGAUAGAAAUCACAAUGAGGAUAAAAAAACAUGAUCCAGAUCAGACAUGCAGUCUCUGGUGAUAUGAAAAUACUGAUGAAUACACUAUGAAUGGCAAAAUUUUCAAUUAUACAUUAAAAGAGGAAUUAGACCUAACUAUUUCCUUUUCCAUUCAAACAUUUUCUGAGAGCGGAAUUUAAGAUAAGACAUUUGUUUUUUUGUUUGUUUUUUCUUGGCUUUGUUUACUGUUUAUUUACUUUUUCUGUUUUGCUUUUGUUUACUUUUUGUUUUAUUUCCUUUUUAUCUUUGUUUAAUUUGUUUUCUGUUUUUAUUUAGUUUUUCUUUGUUCUUUUUCGUUUACUUUUUUGUUCUUUUUUUAUUUUAACUGGCCAGCACUAACCCAAAUAUCCCCUCUCUUGCCUUUAACCUUUACCACUUCUCUCUCGCUCUUUUCCCCCUCUUUUUUUCUUCCUCUCUGCUCUUGGACGAUGUACAAAGAGGAGUGCAAUCCUACCCUAUCCCUCUGUACUUUUUGCUGCAGGAUUCAGUUUCACAGUGGUAUAUAUUUUUUUUUUAAGAGUAGGCUCAGAGGUCUAAUUGUGACUGGUUAGAGUAAGGACUUGAUUUCUCUCUGGGGUUUGUAUGUGGCGGAGUCUCAUUCCAGUGUCAGAUUUAAACACACACACAUUCCUGUGUCAGAUUUAUUUUGUCAGUCCUGAUACGGCUGGCUGACCCUCCGUCUGGAUUGAGGUGUUACAGAGAACAUAUUGAUAAAAGGGCAAAAAGCACAAACACACACACCCAAAGUACAUGGUCAGUCACUGUGUUUGGUAUGUUUAUCUGAGUGCAAGGGAGAAACAGUGAAUCUCAGUGUUGAUCUGAGAUUCUUGAUACUGUGUGUGCGGUGUAACCAAAUGUACAUUACAUGUCUGGAUUGGUCGUGGGGAGCCAGCAACAGCAUCAUAUGUCGCUCUCAUUAUUGACUCAAAUUUCCUCACUUUUUCCCUCUCUCUCUCUCUCCUCCUCCUCUUUCAUACUCAGCCCUUUUACUUCUCCCUUCUUAUUUGUUUUCUUUUAGUUCUCUAAGUAAUUAUUUUCUAAGUUAGUAUUUCAAACACUCCAUAGUGAACUCUACCUAUGGAAGCCUGUUUUCACAAUUAAAAAAAUUAAUUGUGAGAUAAAGUUUAAAAUAAGAACAUGUGAGAAAAGAAGUCUCGUAGUUACAAUUAUGGGAAGUAGUCGCAAUUGCAAGGUUGAGGGGCCGUUUACACGACAGUAUUUUCAACUAAAAAAAAAUAGAAAACUUUUGGCCGUUCAUUUACACAACAAUGGCGUUUUGGGGGCCUGAAAACACAAACUUUUGUUUCAAAAUGCAAGUUUUUGAAAACUAUACCAUUAUCGUCUCCGUGUAAACUACAAAAACGUGAAUUUGUGAAAACGGUGACGUCAUGUGCAUUACAUGUUCAAUCUACAGUUUUUCUUUACAAAGUGACAUCGCCAACUACUGGCCUGGCAUGAAUAAUACAACGUUUUUAGUCGUUUUCGCAGAUCCAUGUGAAUGGGGGUCGUUUUGACAACGUUGUCGUCUGUACGCGAAAAACCCAAAAGAAAAACGUUUCCGUUUUAGUACAUCGUUGUCAUGUUUUUGUUAAAUUGUUAAAGUAUAUCUUACAACAGAGUUUAUAUUUUAUAAUUGCAAUGUGACUUUGUAUCUCACAAUGUGACUAUGGGUACCAUAGUCACAUUGUGAGAUACAAAGUCACAUUGCAAUUAUAAAAUAUAAACUCUGUUGUAAGAUAUACUUUAACAAUUUAACAAAAACAAAGUUGCAAUGGCAAAAUACAGUAUUGCGCAGAUUUAAAAUUACAGAAAGUCGCAAUUACCUUUUUAUUUUUUUUAUUCCGAUAUCCAGAUGUCCUAAAGGCUGAUCAAAUUAUUCACUCUGACCUAUACAAUUUUAUUCCCAUUUUCAAACUUCUAUAAUGAUUUGCUCUUAAAAGAAGCUGUUACAGAUGUUGAUUGAUAGGGUAUAUGAAGGACAAUUUAAGGUCACAUCUUAAAGAAAUCACUCUUCGUAUAGCUGCACACACCAACCAAACACCCAUUACUGCUUAUCUCUCAGACAUGAAAUAUGAUUUUUUUUUAUCACUUCCCUGUGUGUGUGUGUAUGUGUGCGUGUGUGACCUUGCUGUUGUAACCAGAGCAGCACAGACUGGGCUGGGACAGAUAUAGCCCUGAAACUCAACACUGUUGUAGUGUCUGCGGUCCCACGCAGACAAGACAAUGACACCAGCAAAAACGUGUGUGUGUGGGGGACAUAGCAGAUGAAGCUGUCCUUGACAACAGCAUGGGAGACACUGUGUGUGUAUGUGUACAAUGUAUGGAAGAGAUAGUCACCACACUUAUGGUAAAUACUGUAAAACUGUCAACUAUUAUAAAUGGUCACAAACAGUAGUAAAAAAAAAAUUGUAUUUAACCAUUUUGAUUUGCUGUCCUGUGCUUUCUAAAUGACAUGAUGGUGAUCCUGAAUUUACAGAGUGAGAAAUAUCCAGUGUCAAUUACAGUCUGUCCAGAUCUUCUUUAAAAAACUCAAGCUGGUCUGAUAAAACAAGCCCAAAAUAAGCAACAUAUCUCACCAAAAUACACUACCGUUCAAAAGUUUGGGGUCGGUUUAAAAUGUAAUUUAUUCCUGUAAUUGCAAAGCUGGAUUUUCAGCAUCAUUACUGCAGAUGAUCCUUCAGAAAUCAUUCUAAUAUGCUGAUUUGGUGCUGAUUAUCAAUGUUGAAAACAGUUGCUGCUUAAUAUUUUUUUGUUGAAACCAUGCUACAUUUUUCAGGAUUCUUUGAUGAUUUGAAAGUUCAAAAGAACAGCAUUUAAUUGAAAUUGAAAUCUUUUGUAACAUUAUAAAUGUCUUUACUGUCACUUUACUAUUAAGUUAAUAAAAAAAAAAUCUUACCAACUUCAAACUUUUAAAUGGUAGUGUAAGUCUAAAAAUAAGCAGUUUUUAUAUUGAAAAAGGAAAUAAAUAUGAGACUUUAUUCUGGAAAUGAACCCAAAACAAUUGCCAUAUUUGUAAGUGACUUUAUAUACAGUAUAUACUGUAUAUAUGAAAAAGGACAUGGCAACAUUGGUUCACUAGAGUGUGAGAGUGAAGUGUGUGCUCUGUCAACAAGCGCAAAGCAGGACAGAUGAGACACCCAAGGAGUUAAAAUGAACUGAAAUAACAAACCGUAGAGCUUGAGUGCAAUACUGUAAUCCAAGAGCAUUUCAAAGGAUUUACUAGAGAGGCGCCUGUUUUAGUGGCCAAAUUGUCUUUCAGCCCUGAGGCUGGAUACAGAAAGAGCAUUUGGCUUUUUCAUUCACCAAAAUUAGUAAGUUUGAAAUGUUUGGAGGGCUUCUGUUUAAUCAGACGGGGGGAACAUAAGCACUGCUGUGGUGAAAGAUCAGCCACAUGCACAGUAACAAGAUGGAGACGCAGAAACUCAUACACCCCAACUCAAAUACCAGCAAAACCAAUCGAUCAGUGCAUCCCACAUCGAGCAGUGUUAAACAACUCAAACAAAACAACAAUCACAGCAAUGUCAGCUCUAUUGUAAUGAUGUAAAAUCAAGAAAACUGGAAAAGCCGAGAGGCAGCUUAGAUGCGACUUUUCAUCUUAUACAGUAUGUGACAAAGGGGUCAGUAAUAUCACAACUCUCCUGUAGCCAUUUUUAAAAAAAAUGUUUUCCCAUCAUUCCUGUUGGCGGUAUUAGGAGGAUGGCUUUGUCAACAGCCAGAAUUAUGCAACAACAAAUUCUUAUUUCUGCACUCUGUGUGAGAGGCACUAUGUCUGUGUAAAAUAACAAGAGCAAACUGCAGUUUUUAAGGAUCUAAUGUUUAAACUUUUUUGAGGUGAACAUUUGAGCUGCCUUAAUUCUUUGUGCUCUGUAAUUAACAACGCCUGCUUGUAAAAAAAAAAAAAAAAAAAACCCACUUUGUAAAAACACACACACACAUGAAUAAUAAAAUCAACUUUGUUAUCUGGCUAGUAUGGAUGUAUAGAUGCUUUGUCUGUCCUGUAUGAAUCUGAGAUUUUGCUAAAUUUGCCCACCCGUCCCACCUCUAUCACCCUGAAACCUUGUACAUUUACGCUUGUUGUUGUUUCUCAAUCUUUUUUGUGUACUUGCAGAACAUUUUAUAGUAUUAUUUAUUACUGGCAAGCCUUUGCAUUUGCAAAUAAUAAAAAGCAAGAGAGAUGGUUCUUUGAACAGGGUAGCAAGAGGCAGCAAAGCUGCUCAAUGAAAAGUAUGUCUGAUUUUGUUUUUGUUUUUUUUAAAUUAAGGAAGGACAUGGCAAGAGAAAAGAAAAAAGAUAAACUUGUCUUUUGAUUAUGAAGUUGUUAUAAAACUUGUUGCUUUAAAAUGUAUCAUUUUUGUGUUGUAACAGUAUUUGUUUAACCCAGUGAAUUGCUUAUUAAAAACAAAUAAAUAGAG